AUGUCAGAAUCACGGGAGAAGCAAUGGAAAUUCCUGAUCAUGACCAAGUCGAUAGACUCGCUCGAUGAGUGGCUGAAGGGCUCGCCGACAAUUGUACUCGAGGAUGAAUUAUCACUGGAAGACGUCGAUCCCUGUGUCAGGGAUGAGAUUGACUACGCGUUGCAUCAGCUCGAUGCCAGAUACGCAUCAACACUAUCAAUCGAUAGAUACCGAGACGAUCUGUUGAGGAAAUGCGGUAAUGAUGUUGGCCUGACCCGGCUCCUCGUUCAAGACAUCCAGAACGGCCCCUCUUUAGAUGCUCUCACAAAUGCCCUGGAAAGGCUUCCGGAAGUGAAUUUGGAAGUUCUCUUCCGGAAGAUUAUGCGCACCGUGCCGGAAGCCAAGCGCAGUCUCGUGGCCAGGGCCAUUACCUGGCUCGUAUUUGCCUUUCGGCCCCUUAGUAUUGGCGAGCUAUGCUCAGUACUUGGCAUAUCUGAAUCGACCCAAGAUGCAGAUGGUAUGAGGGCAAUGAAUGCGCUGACUGGCAUCCCAAUCUUUGAUUUCUCCAACCCGCAGGAGAUGCGCUUCCAACAUGCAGAGCUAAAGAAUCUGAUUCUCCAGUGUGAUAAGGAGGAGUGGUAUCAUGUCCAGGCGACUGCACAUGAAAUGAUGGCAGAAGCCUGCCUUGCAUUCUUGGGCACCACUAGUGCCCAUGAUGCUUUGAACACGGUGUGCGAGGUUCGGCAUGGUGUUCUGUCAACACCAUGUGUCCGGCCCCGGGUAGAUGUAGCCACUUAUGCUGUGUGCUACUGGGAUCGGCACUAUCGACUUGCAUCCAACAAGAGUCGUUUGAUAACGCAAGUGGUGGAGUUUUUCAAGAGCAAGGCAGCGUUCCGGGGUUGGCAGAUGGCACAUUGGUUCAUGUCGAAUCCGUUUUCUCGGGUGGAUCGCACCUAUGUUUGCCCGCUACCACUCGUGGCUUCCAUGGGCCUGGACGAUGUAUAUGAGCGAUGGAUACAAGACAACGGCAUGUCCGAAGCCGAGCAAAAGCUGUGGCUUCCGUAUGCCGUGGCCGAGGCGGCAAGAAACAGACAUGGCAGUUUGGUGCUUCACCUGCUACGGUCAGUGGAGCUGGACAGGGCAACGGCCGAGUACGUGCUCGAAGCAGCUUGCUCGGGGGGAGAUGAGGACGUGCUUUUGGAUGUCGUGUCGCACAUUCGCAAGAAGGCAGUGCCAUCAUUCACAUGGCCGGCUUUUGUCGUCCGCCGGGCGGCAUGGAAUGGCCAUGCCAAGGUUGUGCAGGCGCUGAUGGACGAGGGUGCCGACAUCAGUGGCAGCGAGGGAGCGCCGUUUGGCCAAUGCUCUCUGUAUAUAGCAGCACGCAACGGUCACGUCGAGGUGGUCAAGCUGGUGGCCAUGCACGAUGAAAGCCUUGUGACGGCGCGCGACGAGUGGGACAAUUCGGUGCUGGAUGCGGCGGCCCGGUGGGGAAAUGCCAACAUGGUCAGACUGCUACUCGAGAAGGGCGCUCCCCUCAACGCAGACGACGGCGGAGCCAUUAGCAAUGCAUGUGAAAUAGGCGCGCACGCCGCCGUACGCGUGCUCCUCGAACACGGAGCGCAGACGGAAACGAAGGGCGAUGGCACAAGGUGGCCGCCGCUGCACACGGCUAUCCAAGAAGGCGCGUGGCAGUGUGUUCGAGAGCUGCUUCGGUUCAAGAGCGACGCGAACCACGAAUGCUCAGGCGGCACGCCGCUGAUGUUUGCUGUCAAAGCAAAGCGGCUCGACAUGGUGCAACUGCUGGUGGAGCAUGGGGCGGAUGUGAACAAGCGGCAUGACGAGCAGACGGCGACGGCUCUGCAGACGGCUCUGCAGACGGCUCUGCAGACAGCUAUGAGCCAGGAGAGCAGGCGGGCCAUGGUGGAGUGGCUGGUCGACAAGGGCGCCGACGUCAACCUGCGCACGCCCGAGAGCUCGCCGCUGUUUGACGCGUGUCUGGAAGGUGACGUCGACAUGGUGCGGCUGUUGCUCGACAAAGGCGCCAAGGUGAACGACGUGUGCAACAGCCUGUGGACGCCGCUGCAUGGCGCUUUCAAGAGCGCCGCCGUGACGAGCUUGUUGCUUGAGGCCGGCGCAUCCGUUGAUCAAGUCGUGGCCGAGAGCGGGCGCUCGCCGCUGUUCCUCGCGGCCGAAUGGGGCCAGACGGACGUGGUGGCGGUGCUGGUCGAACACCAUGCCGACGUCAACCUGCCCUAUCGCCCCGUCGACUUCGACACGCUGUCCGGCUUCACGCCGCUGCUCGCUGCCCUCAAGGCCGGCCAUGGCGACACGGCGCGCGUGCUGCUCGAGGCCGGCGCCGAUACCAGCAUCAAGCCAGCAAGCGGCAUCCAUCCCGUCUUGUACAUGGACACGACGGACCUGCUGCGCAUGGUGCUCGAGUUCCAGCCUGACCUUAGCCUGGCCGACCGCGACGGCGACACGGCCCUCAAUGCCGCCCUGGAACGCGACACCGCCCAGCUGGCUGACAUGAAGCUGCUCGUCCAUGCCGGCAGCAACGUCGACACCACCAACACGGCCGGCUGGACGCCACUGCACAAGGCCAUUGACAAGGACAAGCUCGACAUUGCGCGCUUCUUGCUCAAGCGCGGCGCCAAUGCCAAUGCCCUCGCCCUCAACACCGGCGCCCCGUUGCACCUGGCCUGCUCCAAGGCCUCUCCCGCUUCCGUCCGCCUCUUGGUUGACGCCGGCGCCAAUGUUAAUCUCAUCGCCUCUUACCAUGGCUCACCCGCCCAGGCCGCCUGCCGACGCUCGUUUGCCAUCGGUGUGGAUGAGGACGAGGACGACGUAGAGCGCACGAUGCUUGAGGUCCUGCAAAGCCUUGUUUCCGACACCGCCACAAUGGACGUCAACGCUACCGGCGGGCUCUACGGGUCGGCCCUAGCCGCCGGUAGCUACCACGCCACGGCUCCAGUCCUGCAAUUCCUGCUCCGUCUCGGCGCGACGACGGACACGUGUGACCAGGCCGGCCGCUACCCCAUUCUCCUCGCCGCCGUUAGACCUACCACGGCCAACUUUGCCGUCCUGCGUGACGCCAACGCCAAUCUCUACGCACGUGACAACGCCGGUCGCACGCUGGUGCAUUUCGCCAUUGUGAGUGGGAAUCUGCAUCUACUCCGUUGUGUGCUGCAGGAUACCAAUGGCCUACUCCAUGCACCCGAUGCCGACGGCUGGACUCCGCUGCACUACGCCGCCAGAGGCACCUACCACCGCUUCUCCAACCUAGUCGAUCAGGACAUGCGCGAACAGCGCAAGCAUGAAUUUGUCGUCUUCCUCAUCGACCAGGGCGCCGAUAUCUGCGCUCUCACCGUUGGGCCUGAUGGCAAGCAGUCGUCGCCGCUCAAGCUGGCCAACUACCAUGGUGCCAAGCAAGAGACUUUGCAUCUGUUGACUCCCCAUAACAAUGUCAACAACGACGUCAUGGCAUGGGGUCAAAUCUCUCACCAGUCAAAAAAGGCCUAUGAUGCAUGGCCGUAUUGUUACUGUGAUGGUUGUCUCCACUCACAGAAAGUCAGCGGCUUCCGCUACAAGUGCAGAGAUUGCUGGGACUUCGAUUUUUGCUACAAGUGCUAUGCCAGCAGACAUGUGCUGCACCCACAUCACGAAUGGGAUACCAUGGGCCAGGAGUUUGAAGACGAGCCAGAUGCUCAAUCCGAAGCCGCUAACCAAGACUCGGACAGCGAUGACGACGACACAGACUCAGAUAGUGAUGAUAGCUCUAGUAAGAAGUCCUCUACAUAG